CUUUAUUGAAAGUAGAUUUGCAGCUGACUAGAGAGAGAAGGGGAGAGACAAACGUGCGUGUGAGAAAGACGCGAAACGUCAAACAGUAAAAGAGUUUCUAGAGCACUUGAUCAGUACAAGUUCUUUAACAGCGAUCUUAAUUCGUAUAAUUAAUAAUCAACGGCACGUACGAUGCUGACAGGAGUGAUCGACGGUACUCAGUUGUGUUGCGAAGAUGACAACUCCACUGUCGGUCGCGUGCCUAUCGAGGACAACAUUGCUCACAAUCAAGCAAUGUCUUUGAUGUGGACCUCUUACGGUAUCGUAGUCCCGAUCAUAUUGACCAUCGGCGCUUUCGGCAAUGCGGCAAUCUUCAUCGUGUUAUCCGGUCCAGUGUUUCGCGGUAUCGCAUACUUGUACCUCAGCGGACUUGCGCUGGCGCACAUUGGUGUUGUUUUAUCCUGGAUAACAAUCACACUGAGAUUGGGCUAUGGCAUGAGUAAUAAUUACCCAUCAGCUUUCUACCAUGCGCAUCUUGAACUCGUUAUUUUGAACGCUUUUUCAGCUGCCAGUGUUUUUAUCAUGGUCUGCUUAAUUGUAGAUCGAUACAUGUUUGUAUUUUUUCCGGCGCGCAUUCGCACCGGAAGCACGCGCAAGAACGUCAAUUCCUUCGUACUGUGUUCUUUUAUUGCCGGCUUCAUGAUUAGUAGUCCGCUAUCGGUUAUGAGAAUUGUUCAUGCGGAACAGGAUGAAUUAGGUACUUCUUUUACAUUACGUGAAAACGUCUAUAUUACGCAAAGGAGGAUAUGGAGAAUAUAUAUUUGGAUAAUGGAGAUCGCAGUGCGAAUAUGCCCGUCGAUCGUAUUUAUUGUACUGAAUAGCCUGGUCAUUAAGAGGUUUCUACAGCUGAAUGCGCAAAGUCGGCAUUUCCACGCCGUUUCGGACAAACUUCAGAAAAACAAGCCUGAUACGUCGUUAUUGUCUCGCAAUCGAGGCUACAGAGAGGAACAACACUUGGCGAUAUUGACGACAACAAUGAUUCUAUGCUUUUUUGUAACGGCAGUUCCGCCAAGUCUUACGUCCAUACUAUAUACCGAUCGUCAUUCGUUGGACUUCGAUUACCAAACGUUCCGAGUGUGUUCAGCGAUCGUCGAACUCAGCAAUUAUGCCAUUUACAUUGUUAUAUAUCUCGCCUGCAGUACAGAAUUUCGAAGGGAGUUUUUCCGAAUUCUACAAGGAAAAUGUAACGAAAAUACGGGGCAAGACGUUGAUCCGCCGAUCGGCGAGAUCGAGGACUAUAGCCGGCACGGCACUACUGUUCGACUAUCACCGGAACAUACCAAAUUGAAUUCUCCCGAGUCGCCGACCAAAGAAACCAGAAUGGAGGAAGACGCGCUACCGUCAGAGGCAAAUGGGCUAAUGUUAGAAAACCGUGUUGUCACGUAAUCAUACAUUACGCGCUGAGAUCAAAGACAAUGGAUCAUUUGUAUUUAUUAUGUGUAUGUAUUUGUAUGUAUUAUAUCAUUGUACAUUUUCAAUGCGUCCACAUUGGAACUUUGUGUAUAAUUAAUGACGUUAAUGUAUGAAAUAAUUAAUUGUUCCAAAUAUAAUUCUGUAUGAUACCAAUGUAUGCCAUAUGUAUAUCAAUUUCUGUAUUAUAUAAUACAAUAUACUAAUAA